AUGGCACUGUCACAAAAAUGGGAUAAUCGUUCGGCUGCCUUGUCAACCAUGGACGCUACAAACCUCUGGGGACAUUUGACUGAAGAGAAUUUGGAGACAGAUGAAAUCAUUGAAAUAAUCAGAAAUGGGAAAACCGGAUUCAUUUCUCAACGUCCCGCGGGUGAAAAGCCUGGUUACGAAGGUCGUUUGCCUUUCCACAUAGCCAUUGCCAGAGAACAGAUAAAAAUAGUUCAUGUAAUGCUCGAUCAGAUUGGAAACACCAAUUUGGAAUCGCUUAAAGAUCUAUUUCAGCAGAAAGCAACGGGGACGGAAUUUCAAGAUACGGUGAUGUCGGGACAAAUUCCAUUGUCCAUUGCUGCUUUGACCUUUAAUAAAGAGAUGAUGAGACUGCUGCUUGAUUACGGAGCUGACAUUGACUUUGUCAACGGCUACGAAGAAAAUGUGUUUCAUUCCCUUGUCCGCUACUGUAAUUCUGAAAACGUCCGCAAUGUCUGGGACACUAUCGUAUUCCUGUGUAAGGGGUGUGGAACUGAGCAAGGCAUCUUAACGCCUAUGUGGAGGAAACUCAAUGUGGAAGGGCAUACUCCUCUUACAUUGGCUGUUCUGUGCGGACAACACGAGCUGUUUGGUAAAAUUCUCUCGCUUCAGGGCAUAUUCGAACGGUCUAAAAGCACAGAGGGUAUGAAUGACGUUAAGGAAGUUGACAUCACUGAGAUUGACACUUUAGCUUACGAGGUAUACCACAGAGCAAACUUGCCGCCAUAUGCAGACAAUCCUCAGCAACCAAAGUCAGUUUUCAAGACGGUAUUUGCCCUGGACCGACGAAGCACUGAAAACUUUGUAGAUCACUACGCCGUGAGAAAGUGUGUCAUUGAAAAAUGGAAAACAUACCGGAUACCGUAUUACUUUUGGGCAUGCUUCCAUCUUCUGCUCGUUGCUAUUGUUAGCUUGGCUGGCAUCAAAAGAUCCGGCGGGUUGGAGUGGCUUCACGCCUCAGCAAGUUGGAUUCCGCUCAUCUUUAAUCUCAUAUACGCCAUUCUUAAACUGGUCGCCAUAUAUUACCAAGUUAAACACCGCUGUUCUCUGCCUAGGAGUAAGGGUAAAUUUUCAUCCAGAAUUCAGUCUGCCUUCAACGAAUUACACGACGGGUUGUACUUGAUACUGUUGGGGGUAUCCGCUGUUACGUCAAUAGUUGAUCACAUCUGGUUCUUUGCCACUUCCGCUACGGGCACAGCAUCACAUUUCUUUUUAGUGUUUGCCCUUCUCAGCGACUUCUGUUUCAUUUCUUUCUUUGUUCGCACGUUGAAGCAUUUCAGUUUCUUCACUGUUAUGAUUCAACGAGUAAUAUUCCGCGAUCUACUUCGAUUUCUCUUUUUUAUUAUAGUAAACAUUGUCGGGUUUACUGUCGUCAUGUUUUUAAUUUGGAAUGUGCCGGAGGAAGGUCAAACGGGCCAACACUUUUUAAAUCUCACGGUAGCCAUGAUUUCCCUCAUGCUAGGCCUGGACGACGUCAGUCUAGACAUGGCCCGGGACCCAGGAUUGUCUCGUGUCGUAUACUACCUAUUUGUGAUAAGCUGUUACAUUAUAGCUCUGAACGUUCUCAUUGCCUUAAUGUCUGGCACAUGCGACGAACUGAUACCAAAAAAGCUCGUAAUAUGGAAAAUACAAAUGCUGUCCGUCAUCGUCUUCUUGGAUAAUAUACGCUUUCUGCCAGAGACAUUUCGCGGGCAAGCUGGAAAAAAAGAUCGCAACAUGAGGACAUGGUUAUCUGUGAAACUAAGGGAGCGCCAAUCGACGUACGAAACAAACAAAAGACCAAAAGUACCUAAGAUGACUCGGAAAAAGAAGCCAACCGCUAGGCGACUGUAUAGACCCAGUGCCACCAGUCCAACAAUAGAAAUCACCCAAUCAAAGCUAGAUCGGGAAUAG